GUCGAUACCCCCCAGGCCUUCAGUCCGCGCCGCGCCGGGCCCCUAGCAGCCCGCGCCGCCCGCCAUGAGGGCGCGCGCGUUUCUAUACUUGCUUACCGCGGUGCUAGCUACUUCUAACUACAGCCAUGCAGAGAAAAGCAAAUUCUAUUACAUGGACUCCUUAUGCAAGGACCACUUCCUACAGCGUCAGUACAGGAAGCUGGACGGCGGGGUCCUCUGGUCCCGCAACGAGCGGAACCUGGACUGCACGGUGACGUUCCAGACCCACAGCAUCCUGCAGCGGUUCAUGCUGCACUUCGAUCUGCUGCAGCUGGACUGCAACGAUCACCUGUACGUGUACGAUGGCGCGCACGCUACGGCUCCUCCAAAGGCCGACCUGUCCUGCAGGAACACCAAGCAGCAGGUGGGGGCUCUCUUCACCCGAAGCAACUUCGUCACCCUGAAGUAUGUCACUGACAACUGGGGGACCGACGCCAACGGGUUCAAACUCGUCAUCACUGCCGUCAAAGACCCCAUGUCUUUUAUUGCAGAACACGGCUGCAAGGAGUUCAGAUGCAAGCAGCGGGAGUUCUGCGUAAGCGCAGACCUAAUGUGCGACGGCGUGGACCACUGCGCAGACGGCUCCGAUGAAGACACCGCCGCGCUUUGCCCAGAUAGCGGCGGAGCUGGCGCCAACAGCGCUUGGCUGGUGGUCGGCGCUGGAGGAGCCAUAGUGGCCGUCCUGGUGGCAGUCGCAGCUGUCUGCUGCUACUGCCGUCGGCGAUCAGCCGCCCAGCGCACACAUUUGCAAUUGCAACAAAUGGCGAGCAGCAACGGCGCCGGCACGAAGCCCGGCGCGUGCGGCUCGCCGGGCAGCGCCACUCGGCUGCCGGGAAACUGGGCGCUCCCUGCGGGCCCGCGCGGGUACAGUGCGGCGCGCCCGGGCCGCCUCCGGGCGCGGGCGCACCGCUGAGCACCGCCCCGCACAAGGACGAGUGGUUCGUCUGAGGCGGCCCGGUCGGGCCCGCAGGGCGGGGGCGCCGUACCGGCCCCCAGGGUUCCGAGCCGACCGGGACCGAGGCGCGCCGGCUCCCGAUCCGACUAGAACUUGUUAACGGUGUAUGUAGUUGACAUAUCACACUCUAUCAUAUCAGUUUUGUAUUCGAUGUCCUCGCUCGGCUGGCUUGGUACUCGAGCGUUUUUGUAUUUUAUUUGUGAUCUCGCGUUAAUACUUGAUGAGUUAUUUAGACAGCUAAACGCGAGAUCGGAAAUUAAAUUAUAAAACGCCGGUCCGUGAUUCGAGUUCCGAAAUACAAUUGCAGCGCGUUCAUUGGUCAGUUCGAUUGUCGCAAUAGUUCACUAUUGAUCGUCGCAUUGCCCAAUGAGGCACGAGUAUUCUCUCGGUCGAUUCAUGUAGUAGAUUAUCGGGACAGCCGAGCGAGGACAGUCUGCCGGGCCGCGUGGUCUGGUCCCCGGCCCGGCCCGCGCCUGGCCCCGCCGGGGCUCCGCUGCACCGGCCUCUCACUAACGUCGAUAAGUCAUAUGUCUUAUCUCUCUUACUGUCAUUACCAAAGAUAAAGAAAGGGAAACUAGAUGAGACAUAAGUCUUAUUAAGUUUAGUGUGUAGACCCUAUGCUGUAGGGUCGGUCGGGCCCCAGCCCCGGCUCAUCUAUCCGAACGUAUCUAUGUAUGUACUACCUGAUUUAGCGAUGAAUUUUUUUAGGUGAAUUUUUACUCGUUUAGUGGUGGCGCGCCGCGCCGCACGCGUGUCGUGGGUGUCCAUUUUUUGGUGUUACGAUAAACGCAAUGUAAAUUUAUCGAUAUGACAUUAAACAUUUUUGGCUUAUUGUUCGUA